AUGACAAGUUCAGACUGGAAUGGAUUAUUCAGCAUGGGUGUUGACGCUGUCUCCGACAACACAAUCGCGUCAAACUCACUCACUGACUGCAGCAACACUACUGCCCAACAACAGGACUUAUCGCUCUGGGACAUUCCGCUGUCCAAGUACGAGGGAUACUAUGAUGCUACUAGCAACUGUUAUCCAGUUGGUCCGGGUGACCAAGUGACGCCACAAAACCUGCCAAUCGCGCCGCAGAGUUCUGGCUCAACGAUGAACACCACCGACGAUGGAAGUUUCGCUUCCUGGCCUCAAACAACCUUCCAGGACAUGGCGAUGUCAAGUAUGCAGCCUUUCGCCGACCCUACUUUGCAUUACGCCGACCACAAUCCAUUUGGGUUCAACUCUGCUGGUCAGCAUCAACAUCAAACUCAGACUCACUCAGCGCUGCCGCUUUCCACACUCCCCCCUGUCCCUGCCACAAACGGUUUGCCCGUUUACGACUUAGAUUGCGCAAACAAUGGCAAACAAGGCAAAGACGAGACAGACAUUUCACUAGUCAUCCCACAUGAGUUACACGACCCUUAUUGGAAUUUCUUCAACCCUGUCAACGACAACAACAGCGUGUCAUUGCCAACAUACACGGUUUCUCAGACCCAUUCCAGUGAAGGAUAUCAGACAUCUCAACUGUCAAACUCGAUGCUCUGUCAGAGCAACUACAACAACUAUCCCAUUCCAGAGCCGCUUCCGGACUGGCCGACGAUGAAUACUUACAAUGGUCUCACCAGCCCGAGCGCGAGUGAGAGUGCGUCGCCUAUGUCAACUGCGGUGAUGUUAGAUGCCAAAACUAGCUUUGGAGCUCACAGCUUUGCUGGCAGCAUGGACUCAAAUUCAACGCCAUUGCCUGCUUUGACGUACUCACAAGGCUCACCAACCGAUCUUGAGGAUUCACCUCGCACGAGCCAGCACGAGGACCACAACCAGCAGCAAGGUCAGCAAGGCAGUAGCAAUGACCAAGCAAACAUAGGUCUCAGUCUUGAACCCGAAAGACAUCGAGUUCUUCGCAACAACAGAGUGGAUGUUGGCAACCAUAAGUCCAGCACUGGAAGGACUCGCCUGUCGCGCAUCAAUAGCGCACCCAGUACCUGGCGUCUAGUGCCCACGAAGACCAGUGCAUACUACACUACCCACCGACGAAAGAAUCCCAAAGAUGCCUUGUUGGUUGAAUGGAAGAACGCCGGUCUGAGCUACAAGCAGAUUCGUGAGAGAGCAAGCUUUACGGAAGCGGAGAGCACCUUGCGCGGACGGUACAGAAAUCUGACAAAGGCCCGAGAUCAGCGGGUGAGGAAGCCACUCUGGCUGGCCGAAGACAUCCGCUUGCUUAAGGAGGGACUGAAGUUCUACAUGGCCGGUUCGAUAUUCCCUCGUGCGGACCCCACCCAGAUCAACGUCGAAGACUUGAACAUCGAUGCUUCAAAGGUGCCGUGGAAGAAAAUCGCAGAGUAUAUUGCGAGCAAUGGUGGUUCAUACCACUUUGGCAAUGCCACUUGCAAGAAACAGUGGCUCAAGAUCCAAGGGGUUUUGUGA